UCAUCAUAUUAACUACAUAUCGAUAUAUUCAUAAAUUCGUUUUACGUACUACACAAAUCAUUUCAUCAUGGUGAUGAUGGCUAAGAACCUUACCAAGUUCUAUGUAGCGUUUCUCGUUGUUCUGAUAAUGGUGGGAUCGGUGUUACUAGCCAUUGAAGGACGACCGGUCAAGGAUGGUUCGAGAUCGUUGACACAAUUGAGAGAUUCAUCUGUGUUUAAUGGAAGCGUAAUGUCUUCGUUUAAACCAGUCGAGUCUUCUGUACAAGAUUUGUCGUGGUUAGCCACAGUAAAACAGUCCGGGCCAAGCCCAGGGAUUGGGCAUCAUCGAGCCAAGGGCUACAAAAUGUUUGGACGAGCCAAAGAUUCUGGUCCUAGUCCUGGUGUUGGACACUAGAAUAACAAACCUCGUGAAUUGAAAUUAUAGAUAAUGCAGAUGUAACAACUUUACCAUGUUUAAUAGCCUCUAAGAUGUAAUCUUUUUUCCAUUGUUUAUGUUUUAUUUCCUUUACUUCACAAUCACAUGUCUUUACAUAAAUCAUAAUAAUCAGUUAAUCAAAGUCUUACUUUAAG